AUGACGUCUAAAAAGUCGGCUGCAUCAUCAACGGCUAAGAAAAAUCUGAUGGGAAAUAAACAAAAGCCACUUGAAUCGGGUCCUCUGACCAAUCUGGAAGCAUUUGCUUGUUUGUGGCUUGACGCAAAUAUUAAAAAUACAAAGGAUAAUUGUGAGACAGAGCAAGAACUACGUAGAAUUAUUAAUCACCUGCGAACAUUUGAUCAAGAAAAUGAUUGUGAGAAAUUGAUCCGAGCAACUAAAAACGAAAAAAUCAUUCUUAUAGUAUCUGGCCAGCUGGGCCGUAGUAUUGUUCCACGUCUUCACCAUUUAACACAACUGGUUGCAUGUUAUGCGUACUGCUUAAAUGGAACCGAUCAUGAAGAGUGGACGAAAAACUACGCAAAAGUUCGAGGCGUUUACGUUUUACGAGAAGAAUUGCUGCAAACAAUUGCUCAGGAGCAAAAAUCUCGACUGGAAGCCGAAACAUUAUCAGCCAUCGCAGUCGUUAGCGGUGACUCAGCAGCGUUGGAAUCCAGAAAUGCUAUGUUUCUGUGGUUUCAGAUUUUUAUUGAAGUAUUAAUUCGUAUGCAUCAUCAUGUAGAUUCCAAACAAGAAUUGAUCCAGAUCUGUAAACGAAAUUACAAAAGUAAUCCUGAAGAAUUUCGGGUUAUUGAAGAAUUUGAAAAAUCAUAUAAGCCAGAAGGUGCCAUUUUAUGGUACACACGUGAAUGUUGUUUCUAUCGUAUUUUGAAUAAGGCUCUUCGCAUUCAUGAUUUCAAUACACUCUUUAUUCUUCGGUUUUUUAUCACAGAUAUAUCAAAAGUAUUGAAUAAACUACAGGCGUUCGAGUUGCGGAUGAUGCCUACACGUGAUAAAUUUAUAGUUUAUCGUGGGCAAAUCAUGAAUAGAAAUGAAUUCGAUCUCAUGAAGACAAGUAUCGGUAACUAUAUUUCAAUGAAUUCUUUCCUUUCAACAAGUCGUCAGCGAGAUGUAGCUGUCUGGUUUUUGAACAAUGCUGAAUAUAAUGAAGACACGCUUCGUGUUAUUUUUGAAAUUAGUAUUUACCCACAAGAGAAAACAAAAGCUUAUGCAGAUAUAAGUAAGUGUAGUCGUCACGAAAUGGAAGAAGAAAUUUUGAUCAUGCUCGGCGCUCUCUUUCUUAUUCGAAGUAUUGAUGAAGAUUUCGAUAAUAAUAUUUGGAUUGUUCGUCUAGUAUUAGCUAGUGAGGAUGAUUUUAAACUAAAAGAUACGCUUGUCUAUAUGAAAGAGAAGAUCGGAGAAGAGACAAAUCUCGGGACGCUUGGUGAAAUUCUCAUUCAAAUGGGUGAAUAUGAUCAAGCAUUGAAAUAUUCGAGUCGAAUGAUGUACGAAGCUAAGAUGGGUACGGCCAAGGCGUUUGAAAUCGAGGCCAAAGCUGCAUGUUUGAAAGGUGACUAUACCAGAGCGUUCAAUCGAUCCGAUAAUAUUAUGACGAUCUAUAACGAAAUUCUACCACCUGUGUGUGCAGAAAAAGGUCGAUUGCAUUGUGCUGUCGGUGCUGUAUAUUAUCAACAGAAUAAAUACGACAAAGCACUCUCUAAAUUAAACGAAGCAUUACAUAUUCAACAACAAGUUUUACCGUCUAACCAUCCUGACAUAUGCGAAACUUAUCAACGCUUAGCUGAUUGUUAUGAAAGCAUGGGCAAAAUUGCAAAGGCACUAGAAUACUAUAGCAAAUGUUUAAAUAUUCGUUUGGUUACGUUGCCCGAUAGCCAUCCUGAUCUUGCCCUAACUUACAAUAAUCUGGGCUCUUUAUACGAUAAUAAUAAGAAUUACGAACAAGCAUUUGAUUACUAUCAAAAAUCGCUGACUAUUAGCCGCAAAACUUUGCCACCGACACAUCCAGAGAUUCAACGCACUGAAAUGAAUAUCGAGAAACUAAAGCAGUUAAUUUAUUUCGAUUAA